UAAAUCGGUUCGGUUCGAGUGGGUUUGGCAUCGAGUUUAAGAAGCUCUUGUGUGCCUUUCCGAAUUCUCAAGCGCCGUACCGAUAAAUCUCGCCGGAACGACAUGGACGCGAGCGGAGCGGUGGCGGGCAAGGGGAAGAAGGGAGCAGCCGGUCGCCGGGGCGGUGGCCCUAAGAAGAAGUCAGUCACCCGAUCCGUCAAGGCGGGUCUCCAGUUCCCCGUCGGCCGCAUUGGCCGCUUCCUCAAGAAGGGGCGGUACGCCCAGCGCGUGGGCUCGGGCGCCCCCGUCUACCUCGCGGCCGUCCUCGAGUACCUCGCCGCCGAGGUGCUGGAGCUGGCCGGGAACGCGGCGCGCGACAACAAGAAGAACAGGAUCAUCCCGCGCCACGUGCUGCUGGCGAUAAGGAACGACGAGGAGCUGGGGAAGCUGCUCGCUGGCGUGACGAUUGCACACGGAGGCGUGCUGCCCAACAUUAAUCCGGUGCUGCUUCCGAAGAAGACGGCCGCCACUGAGGCCAAGCCGGCGAAAUCGCCCAAGAAAGCCGCUUGAUUAGUAUCGUAUCUUUCUUUUCUUCGUUAAUCUCGUGUAGUUCUGUGUUAAUUUCAGGAUGUAGGAAAUGUUCAAUAUCGAAUGGAAUGCGUAUGAUUUUAUGAAUUA